UCUGAGCAUACUGCACACAACAUGGCAUACGGGUGGUUCUUUCUGGUGCUUUAUGUUGGUUCCACUUGGAAUCAAUAUGUCACUUGUUUGAAGUGUCCACAGGGAUACACACUACACGAAAAUGGGACAUGUGUUGAUGAGGAUGAAUGCCUGGCUAUCCCAUGUGGCCCCUUUGAAGUCUGCAAAAACACAGAAGGAAGCUUUCGCUGUAACUGCAAUGAAGGAUUUGAUGCGGUAUCUGAUCAGAAGAUCAAUAACGAGACCGUGACCUUCUGUGUAGAUGCAAACGAAUGUCUCUCUAGCCCAUGUGGGCCCAGUGCUGCCUGCCACAACACUCAGGGCAGUUUCUACUGCACUUGUAGUAAAGGAUUUUACUCGAAUUCUGGAAAUUACAAAUUUGCUGGCUUCACUGAGUCCUACUGUAGAGAUAAGGAUGAAUGUCUUUCUAAUCCCUGUGGGGACAAUGCCGUCUGUCAUAACACCAAUGGAAGCUUUUACUGUGUUUGUGAUAAAGGAUUUUACUCUGAAUCUGGUGAUCACGAGUUCACUGAUCAGUCUCAGUCUAUCUGUAAAGAUUACAAUGAAUGUUACACCAGUCCAACAAUUUGUGGCAAACACGCCAACUGUUACAACACCAAGGGAAGCUUUUACUGUCUCUGUCAGAAAGGGUUUGUUCAGCCAUCUGGAGAAAGAAAUUUUACCGGCUAUGGGAGUCGAUGUGAAGAUGUUGAUGAAUGCCUUUUGAAACCAUGUGGCUCCAAUGCAACCUGCUACAAUACAGCGGGAAGUUAUACCUGCAUCUGCAACCCUGGCUUCAUUUCAUCGUCAGGAGGCAGUAGACUGCAGCACGGAGAUGUUUGCAUUGAAUUUGACUGCCCAGAUGCUGUUGCUCACAAAUGUUCACCUGUAACUGUGAAUAUGGGAUCGGUAGAGGUGGGUGAUUCCAGACCUGACACAAGGCAGGAAGCAGUUGAUCCAGUUUGCAGGAUCAUAAACUUUCUCCAUAACCACAAUGUGUGUGAAAUGUUACACAACAACGAGAGCUUUGACCCUGAGCAGCAUCUCCAGAGUAUCUCAAAGAUCACAAACCAGCUCCUGGGAAACAGUUCACUGUUGGAGGAAAUGGAAUCUCGUGCACAACAGGAAAUGCUGGCCUUAUCUCUGCAAUUGCUGGAGAAGUCAGUGAUGGCUGUGGUUUUCACACUGAUGGAUCAUGAAAAGAGGAACAUGUCCUUCGGCAACAUAGAAGUUGAAAUGGAAGUUCUGCGGAAUCACAAUGUUUCAGCUGCAGAAACAGUGACACUGUCAGCAAAAGGGAACCAGCUGGACAUUCACUGGCAGUCAGUCACUGACAGAGGAGAUCCUGAUGUUGUUGGUGUAGCUUUAAUUGCCUUCUCCCAGAUGGAUGUUGUGUUGAACAACUCUGUGAAUCAUGGAGAAGAACUGCUGCUUAACUCACAUGUCUUGACUGCAACAUCAACCCGUCAGAGCAAUCAGGCACUGGACCAACCUAUCAACAUCACCUUCCAGAACAAAAAGGCGAAGAAACCCCAAGUUCAGGUGCUAUGUAUCGCCUUAAAUCACUCAGUGGGUCGGAGCCACUGGUCACAUCAAGACUGUACUUUGUUGAAGGCUAACACCACACACACCAUAUGCCAGUGUAAACACCUAACCAGCUUCGCUGUGUUGAUGGCACUCUACGAAACGGAGGAUCCCUGGCACCUCCUGAACCUGAACCUGAUUUCAUACAUUGGAAUCAGUAUCUCACUGGUGUGCCUUUUCAUUUCAUUUGUCACCUUCUUGGUGUGUCGGGCAAUUCAAGGCACUCGGACUACCAUCCACACCCACUUGUGCCUGUGCUUGUUCCUGGCGGAACUCUUGUUCCUCAUUGGCAUUUCUCAGACCAGUAACAAGGUUGUUUGUGCCGUCAUCGCUGGGUUUCUGCAUUACUUCUUCCUGACUGUGUUCGCCUGGAUGUGUCUGGAAGGCAUCCAGCUGUACCUCAUGGUGGUGAAGGUUUUUCACAUGGGCUGUCUGGGGAAACGCCAUAUGUUCCCAGUUGGCUAUGGCCUUCCACUUCUCAUCGUUGGAAUCUCGGCUGCUGUGUUCAGGAAGGGCUAUGGGACACCCAAAUAUUGCUGGCUCUCUCUGGAAAAACACUUCCUAUGGAGUUUCCUGGGGCCAGUGUGUGCCAUUAUCCUGAUCAACAUCGUGUUUUAUUGCAUAACUCUGGGUAAACUGGCAAAGAGGAUGUCAACUCUGAAGAAAAAUAAGCCUGCACUGAAGAAGAUUAGAUCAUUCACACUGGCAGCAUUCGCUCAGCUGAUCCUCCUGGGAUGCACGUGGAUAUUUGGGAUUUUUCAUUUUCGAAAGGAAAUGAUUGCCAUGGCUUAUAUAUUCGCCAUUAUCAACAGCUUUCAAGGAAUGUUCAUCUUUAUCCUGCAUUGCCUCCUGAACAAACAGGUGAGGGAGGAAUACAGGAAAUGUUUCAACGGAAACCUCAGCCUAAUGGGCCCGUGGUACUCAGAGUUUGCAGCCAGUUCCACUGUGCCAAUGACCAGUUUGCAACAGAGACACCUCUCCACCAAGCAGGAGCAAGAAGAGAGCAUGGCCUGGAUCAUGGGGCUCCUUGACUAUCAGCAAAAAGCCAAACAAUAACCUUAUCACAGAGAGCUAAACUGACAAUCUUCUGCCAGGACAGGACAUUGUGAUCAUUGUGUGAACGGAGGAAUCUGCACAGACCACCAUGAGGAACCUCGGCUGGAAGCUGCCAGAGACUCUGUUUUAUGUUUGUUCCUAAUGGCCAGGAGCAUUGCAGACACACACUGGACUCAGUUCUGGGCUUUCUGGAUGAACUGCAAUAUGGCUUGAGGCAGUUCUGAAUGAUAAGAAGGUGUUAGUUCAAAUCUGGAGAUGUUUCCACUGUGCCUUAAAGUACUUUCCUCAAGGAUGUUCUGCUGCUGUUCCCCUGUGUCACAGACAGUCAAAUGCUGUACUGUAACAGUUCAAGACCAACAGAAAGUUAAUGGCUCUUCCAAAAAAAAUCAACAACACCUAAUUGCUUGAACCCAACAAGUUCUGUGCUGUUGAAGGCAGUUUUACCAAUGUUGUCCAGACCUUUUGUGUUUAGUUUCUGGCACUGCUUGUUGCAACUUUGCAUCCAAAGCUGAACCAGUACAACAUGCUCUGGCCAUUGUGGAGAUCUGCUAUUUUCUUUGCAGUGAUGACAAUACCUGGAGAUUAAUUAAAGCUCAUGCCAGUAUCUAGUGCUGAAAGGUCAAGGGCAGAUCUGGCCCAGUCCUUGGGAGGUAGUCUCCCCCACAGAUUGGACAUAAGGAGUACUCAGAUUUGACAAUAACACCCAGACCCAUCACUAGAAGUUCUCUCCUCCUUAUGGAGCUGUAGCUGGACACCUCCAGCCAUGCACAAACAAAAUGGGUACAUGAUCCUGGUAUAAAUGUGUUCAAAGCCCACCCUAGUUGAAUUAAUAAAACUGAUUAAAUAUGCAGUUAAUCACGUUUUUUAACUAUUAGUAAUUAGGAAUCAGGCAUGCUCAGGAUUCACUAGUGGAACACACCCAACAUUCUUCCCAACUUCCCAGAUUGCCAGGUUCAGGAUCCAGGAGAAUGGGCCAGUGGUGGGUGGGGUUGGUUGUGGGAGUGGGGGAGAAGGGGUUUACAAUGAGACUUGAUGAGGACUGAGGACAGAGUUAAGUUUCCCCACAGUCACACUGUUGUGCUGGAACAUGGUGCAGGAUCUGAACCCCAGUUGCACUGGUCAGGAGGUAAGAAAAGGUGAUGGUUUUCAUUAAUGAGUUCUCUUUAGUGUAAUGAGUAACUUAAUUAUGAACUUCAAGUUUUUUUUAAUUUAAAAAAUUUCAAAAUAUAUUUAAAUUUUACUGCCUUUGAAACCUCUGUGAAUAUCAAGGACAUUUAAAAUAACUAAAAUCAUAUACAGCUGUGAUAAUUGUCAACGGAAAUCAGCAGAAUAUAAAGAUGAAAGUAAAUACAGAAUCACAGGUUCGUGACUCCGAACAGACAGGUUGUUGCAGAACACCACCUAACCUCGCUUGCGAGGGUCAAUCAGCUGUGUGGUGCCUACAGACCCUUUGAAAUGGCCCUAAAGCCCACUCACUUUUGGGUCAGUUAGGGAAAUCACUGGCCUUUCCAAUGAUAUUCACUCUCUGCACAGAGAGCAAUAGAGCUCUUGGUCCAAGAGUACUCUUAAUACCCUUCCCUAAAGUAAAUUGAAAGUUCAGAACUUCAGACCACUGGUGAGAAUUUUGCUUUGCUUGCUGAGGAAGUUUGUUAGAGCCACAUCAGCAGGUGUCAGGGUGAAGUGUAUCCUGUCCCAACCGCACUGUCACUCAUUGCUGCUUCAGGCAUGAGAUUUCAGGUGUGUAAACCCCUGUAACGUGCAACCAUUGCUUGGCUUGCAGUACUUGCUUGCCUGUUUUACUUUUGCUGAGACCAUCACAAUCUACAGAUAUCAUGAGGGCCUUUCAGAUUCAUUUAUUUAUCAUAUACAGUGAAAUAUGUCAUUUGCAUUAACUAUCAACACACAAUAGCCAAUAUGGUAUUUCCACAAUGUUCAGCAGAACAAAGCAAGAAACAACAGCAAUUACAACAGAGCAACAAAAAGCGAACCCCUUUCCUCUCUCCCUCCCAGACACCUACUCACACAUAGAGACUCGCCAACAUCUUACUCUUCAGAUCACAUUGGAAAGGCCAGUGAUUUUUUAAAUUAGAAAUUCACUGGACAAUUACACACACAUAUGGUGGCUACAAGGCCAAGACAGAGACUGGGUAUCCUGGGGUGAGUGAAUCCCCAGAUCUUUCCACAAGGCACUAUAAGGAACGUGAUUGAAUACUCAACCCCAGCUUUUCAAGGGCAGUUAGAGGUAAGCAAUGUAUGCUGCCCUCUCUGCUGAGGUCCAUAUCCCCACAAGUGAGGACAUGAAGUAUGAACUUUAUGAGAGAAACCCUUGAUCUACGUAUGAAUUGAAGGUAAACACUGCUGAGGUCAAAAUCCAACCAACCCCAUUUCAUUCUUGGAAAUGGGGGAUUUUGUGGCUUCAGGUAAGCCAUACUAUGUACAAAAUGCUUUCAAAGUGCAUUUUAGUUAAUCAUAACAUUGAAUAAUGUUUCCAACACCAUUUAUCUAGGCAAUAGUUAGUACAAACCUAUGCCAGAAUUAUAAAAUAUGAAGGGAUCUUUCCAACCUCUCAUACAUGCAAAAAGGUUGAGUCAGUGCAGACACAACAAGCUUUGAAGAAUCUUUUGAAUUGUAAAAUGUGCCAAGUUAUUCCAUAAGGUGAAGGCCUUUUGUCAAAUCUGGGAGGUGGUUGCAGAGACAGCAGAGGGAGAGGUGCUUAGGUCAAAGGGAGUAGCUGUAAACAGGUGAGGUCUCUGUUGCAGUCCGAAUAUAGUCUGGACAAAUGGAUUAAUGACUCAGGGUGGUUUUCUAUCUGUGUGUAUUGCAUGUUUAUUGCAGGACUGUGGACACAACAAUUGUUCAGGGUGACUUACAGAGAAAACGUCAGCUACUGGCAAGGGUAGAUGAUAGCAGAAAUUGCUAGUUCCAAUUCUAACCAAGAAAAGAAGUUACCAAAACUGGAGGAAGGUAUAUCAAGUAUUGAGGUGAGAUAGCUGCAACAUACCCACACUCAGUGACCAAAAGCUUUUCAAAGAGCAGGGUUUGUAGAAAUACCUUAAAGGAAGAGAAUGAGGCAAGGAAAUUCAAGGAGGGAAUUCCAGAUCAGGGAGCUCCAUAUAGACAACAUCUACUGCCCUGCCUUCAUCCUUUGUUUCCUCCUCCAAAAAAAAUCAUUCAGAUUUGUGGAAUGAUCUCUCCUGCUCAAAACUAUGCUGUGCUCUAAUCAGCCCCUGUCUGUCAAAGUCAACAUAAAUCCUAUCCAGCAGAAUCUCCGACAACAUCCCAACCACUGAUGUAAAGUUCACAUAGGUUGUGGAGGGGCAGCAAGGCCAGCAGGAUAGAGAACAGGAAGAUCUGUGUUAUACAUCUGCAGUGGGAUUUCCUGCCUUGGCUGUUUGUGCUAUGAAGUUUAUACUGGUGUUAAAUCAACUCUAAUGAACAAAAGCACCAAAUAACAUUUCUCAGGGAACUCAGUUGUAACCGUGCCUAGCAGGGGUGGGGGAGAGCAAAGGGUGGGUGUGUGAGAGCUGUGCCUCAGCUCAGGUGCAACUUUCUUCAGUUACUCAGACCCACCAUCUCACAUCACCAGGUGCUGCUCUUGGUGUCUGGGUUCCACUGAAACCACUUCUAAAACCAUGGGACUGAGAGCUGAGAAUGGUGCACUUCUGAAAAAGCAGACCCAGCUGUGAAAGUUAAAGACAAAUUGAAGUAUGUGAAGGAUCUAUAAACCAGAUUAUUUUGCUCUGUUCUGAUUAUUAAAGGGACAUACAUUGAAUGGUGAACAGUGAGCACCAUGAGUUAGGUGUAAGGAUAAUAUUAGAAAGGAAAUCCUCAAUCUGUUAGAGUUUGUUGAGAUUACUGUUCAGAAUAAAAUAAGUUACAAAUGAGGCCAACUCCAGUAAUUAUUCAAAACAGAACAGGGUGACAUUGUUAGAAGUUAUUUAAAAAGUAGGAAAGAAAAGUGAUUCAUGUUUGAUCAUUGAACCUGUACAGACUUGUGUCAGUCUGUUACACAUUAGUCACUCCAUCCUUGAUGACUGUACAGUAUCUAGCUUCCUGUAUAUCUAUGACUGUAUUGCAAAGCAUAGCCCUAAUUCUGUAUUUAUGUUUGCUGAUGAGUCUCCUACUCUUGGGCAUAUUAAAGAUGGUGAAAAUUAGCAUAUUGGAGGGAGAUUGAAAAUCUGGUUGACUGGUGUUACAAUAACAACCUUUCACUUAAUGACAGCAAAACCAAAGAGCUGAUUAUCAACUAUAAGAGGAAGAAGCUGAAGUUCAUGAGUCAGUCCUCACUGGGGGAUUGGAGACGGAAAGUGUCAGUAACUUUAAAUCCAUUGGCCAGGGUUAGAGCGGGAGGCUUUAGCUUAGCAGACUUCAAUGAGAACAGUCGGAGGGAAGCUCUGAAGUAAGUUUCUAGUAAGUUAUUUUCUCUCUGCCAAUUAGUACCUAACUAGUGAACUGAGACUUGAUACAGGGUUAGUAGCAUGUGAGAGUUUGGGACUCCAGCCCCCCUGAUAACUGCAGAUGCAUGAUGUGCAUUGAGCUGCAGUUCCUAGCAAUCGUGUUAGCUCAUAGGGCAGAUUGAGUAAGUGAUAGAUAGGAACUACAGAGAGGUAGUCGACCCUAAGUUACAGGAGGCAGGUACCUGGUGACCAUCAGGAGAGGGAAAGGGAGCCAGUGAAGAGUACCCCUGUUGCUGUCCACUCAAUAAUGUAUAUCACUUUAGAUACUGUUGAGAGGGAUGACCAACCGGGGAAGCCACAAUGACAGAGUCUCUGGCACCAAGUGUGGUUCUGUGGCUCAGAAGAGAAGAGGGGAGAAGUGCAGUAGUGAUAGGGAAUUCUAUAAUUAGAGGAGCAGACAGAAGAUUCCGUGGGAGUGAAAGAGACACCCAGAUGCUAUGUUGUCUCUCAGGUCUCAAGGUCAGGGAUGCUUGGAUGGGGCCCACAGCGUUCUAAGUGGAGCUGAUGAGCUGCUGUAAGUCAUGGCACAUAUUAGUACCAAUGACAUACAGUAGGUAGAAAAAGGGAUGAGGUCCUGAAAGGAGAACAUAGGGAAUUCAAAGAAAGUAAUCUAUGAAUUAUAAGCUGUGCAAUGCAUCAGUGAGGGUAAGAAUAGAAUGAUUUGGCAGAUGAAAGAAUGGCUGAUGAAUUGGUGCAAGGGACAGGGUUUCAGAUUUCUGGAUCAUUGAGAAAUUUUCCUAGAUGGUAUGACCUGUACUAAAAGGAUAUGUUACAGAUGAACUCAAGGGGGAUCAAUAUUCUUGCAGGUACAUUUGCUAGAGCCGUUGGAGGGUUUAAACUAAUUUGGCAGCCCUUGAGUGAUAGGGGCUGAGGGUGAGCCAAUUGGUAUACAAAAAGAUGUAGCGUGUAAUGGGACUAUAAGGACAAGCAGAUAAUGAGGCAAAAUUGCAGUCAGUGGGUUGAGUUGAACUGCAAUAUGGAGACAAAAUUGAAAAGGGUGAUGAAUACAUGACCAAAUGUGUUACAUUUGAAUGCACACAGUGCACAGGAUAAGGUAGGUGAUCUUGUAGUGCAGUUAAAGGAAUGACAAGUAUGACAUUGUGGGUAUCACUGAGUCAUGGCUGAAAGAAGACAUAGAUACACAUUUUUUCAAAAGGUAGGGAGAGGGAGUGUGUUGGCUCUGUUGGUAAACAAAAUCAAAUCAUAUCCUUAGAAUGAGAUGACAAUGGAUUUGAAGAUGUAGAUUCCUUACUGGUAGAGUUAAAGAGACACCGAUGGGAGUUAUAUAUGGGUGUCUGAACAGUAACAAGGAUGUCGAGAGAUCAGAUUAGAUACUCUGUCCUUGAACCAGCACCUGUCAUCACAAAAAAGAUAAUAUCGGAUUCCAACUAGAUCUAUAUGAACUGGGGGUGUGGGCACAAUAAUAGCAGAUAGAAUUUAAUUCAGAUAAGUGUGAGUUGUUGCAUUGUUAAAUAAGAGCAGGGCUUUUACAGUUAAUGGUUGGGCCUUGGAGUCUCUGGCAGAACAGAAAGAUCCAAGGCUAGAGGUAGUUAGGGUGGUGAAGAAGGUCCAAUGUUCAAAGUAAAUUUAUUAUCAAAGUGCAUUUAUACUACCCUGAGAUUCAUUUUUUGUAGGCAUACUCAAUAAAUCUAUAGAAAUAAUAACCUUAUAGAAUCAAUGAAAGACCACCCAACUUGGGUGUUCAACUAGUGUGCUGAAGAAAACAAAUUGUGCAAAUACAAAAAGAAAUAAUAAUUGUUGUGCAUUUAAUAAUUAAGUAACAUUUGAGGAUGUCAAUACUUCCUCCUCAGGCUCCACUCCUCUCUCUGCC